UACUUCUUGUUGGCAUCAUGGCAUCUUUAUGGGAUGAUUUGGACAAUCUGGUGAAUUCUCCGUCAUCGUUCACAGAAACAACUGGAGAGCGAGGAACCAUCAAACCAAAACCAGACUUUGAUGCAGGAGACGACGUGGAGGCUCUGAGGAAGGCCAUCGAAGGACUCGGCACCAAAGAGGAAACUCUGAUUGACAUUUUGACCCAUCGGAGCAGCGCUCAGAGGCAGCUCAUCUGUGACGCUUAUCAGAAAGCUACUGGAAGAACGCUGGUGGACGACCUGAAAGGAGACGUCAGCGGAGACUUGGAGGGGCUGCUGGUGGCGCUCGUCACGCCGCCUGCAGCGUUCGACUGUCAUGGAGUGAUGCGAGCCAUGAAA